CGUCUGCUACUUGUCAGGUGGCGCUUGUUUAUUUCAUCAUAAAGAGAAACAACGUGGUAUACAAAUUCUAUAACAAAACAAGUAAAAUUAGGAAUAAAAAUUGUUUUAAAAUUCAACUCUGUACCUAUUUAUUAUUACUUAAAGAAGCAUUGAAGAAGUUUUGAAAAAUAUGUGUUAAUUUAUAAUUUAAAGAACAAGUGUCAUUUAGAUUUGAAACAAAAAGCAACAAAGUUGAAAAUUGAAUUCAUUGUUGACACAACAGUUGAAAUAAUUUUCUUAGUAUUUUCAAAUAAAAAUAGUUGGACUAAAUUUGUUUUUAUAAAACUGGCAUUUUUAAAUGUUGGACAAUUUGACAAAAACUGGAAAAAUUAAGUAAAAUUAAUAUAUUUUACUAAAAGUUAUCAAAUAUUUAGGUUCAAUAACGUACAAACCAGUAAUUUUAAUAAACAAAAUAUGGAAUUGUCUAGUUUAUUAAGAUAUUGUUCUUUUUUAAUAUACAAUUUAAGUGUAUACUUAUUUGUAUACUAUUUAAACAUUUAUAAUUCAUGGGAGAUUUACAAAGAUUGGUGGUUAAAUGAUAUUAAAGGAAAUGAUACUUACGACUAUAUAGUUGUUGGAGCAGGCAGUGCAGGUUCAGUUCUCGCUUCUAAAUUAUCAGAAGACGGAGAUAAAGUUUUAUUAAUCGAAGCAGGAGGAGCAUCACCUUCUCUAAUAAAUGUACCCAUUAUUUCACCUGCUCUUCAAGAAAGUAUCUACGAUUGGCGAUAUGUUACAACGUCCCAAGCUCAUGCCUGUAAAGGUUUAAUUAAUAAUCAAAGCAUUUGGCCAAGAGGGAAAGUUUUCGGUGGAACUAGUCGAUUGAACUAUAUGAUUUACGCUAGAGGACAUCCUGACGAUUUUAAGGAAUGGUUUCCAGAUUUUCAAGAAUUUUCUUUAGAGGAAAGUGAAAUUGUCAGUAUAGAAGAUUUAAAUUGGUCCACUAAACUCACAGAAAUUAUGUUAAAAGCUGUUGAAGAAUUGGGUUACACCGUUCAGAAUAUUAAUAAAAAUAGCAAUACAGGAUUUAUGAAAACGAAAGUAUUUAUGAAAAAUGGAGAACGUUGGAGCUCGGAUAGAGUUUUGGAAAAAAAUAAAAAUAAUCUUUUUACAAUCAACUAUGCACAUGUUGACAAAAUUCUCUUUCAAUCAAAGAAAGCAGUAGGAGUUGAAUUUUUGAAAUUCGGUAAAAUGUACAAAGUAUUUGCGAAAAAGGGAGUUAUUUUAAGUGCUGGAGCAAUUGGUACUCCGAAAAUUUUAAUGCUUUCUGGUGUUGGACCAAAAAGCCAUUUAGAUGAUUUGAAGAUCGACGUUGUAUCUGACCUGCCAGUGGGUCAAAAUUUAAUGGAUCACAUAAUAACUGGUUUGGAUUUAGUGAUACUUAACUCUAGUCAACCUGUCAGCAUUAUUGAUGUCUUAAGUCCUUUAUCAGCCUUUCAAUAUUUCUUUCAUAAAAAAGGCCUAUGGAGUUUCAACGGAAUUGAUGUGAUAGGCACAUUUCACAGUUCUUUACAAAAUAAAUCCGCAGCACCUGAUUUAGAAUUAAUGGUGAUGCCUAUUGGAAUUUCACAAGACAAUGGAUUUAGCUGGCGAAAGGCAAUGGGAAUUUCAGAUAAGGUAUUUCAAGAAUAUUUUGCACCCCUCACGUACAAAAAUGUAGUUACUUUAGCUCCAGUUUUAUUGCAUCCAAAAAGCUUGGGAGAAAUUAAACUCAAUAGUAAAAAUCCUCGAGAAUCACCUAUCAUUAAUCCUAAAUAUUUGUCGAAUAAAGAAGAUGUUGAAAUUUUAAUAGAAGGUAUUUUGUUUGUGAAACAAUUGUUGGAGACAGAAGCCAUGAAAAUGUUGGGAGCGCAUCUUUAUCGAAAACCUUUUCCUGGAUGUGAAGAGAGAACUUUCGAUAGUAACGAAUAUUGGGAAUGUUAUGUUCGUCAUUUGACAUUGACUUCCUAUCAUCCCGCAGGAACUUCUCGCAUGGGAUCGGUAGUUGAUGAAUCGUUCAGGAUUUAUAAUACAUCAAACUUGUUUGUUGUCGACGCUUCUGUAUUUCCAAUUCUGCCCAGUGGAAAUAUUAACGCAGCUGUUGUGAUGCUUGCUGAAAAAGCUGCUCAACUAUUUCAACAAAGAAAAAGGAAGAAAUCAAAUCAAUUGUUCGCUAAAUGUUACGUCAGGAAUAUAUUUUUUUUACGAUCGUGAUUUGUUUUCUAACCUGUUUUUUUUUUGUUAUUUUGUCAUUUUGUUUGUCAUUUUUUGUUACCAGUGUUUAUAUAGUUUCGAAUCAAGUUUAUAAAUAUUAAGAGUGUAUAGAAAAAAAUGUCUAGUUACAAAGAAAUA